AUGGCUUGUGAUGUGUUGGGAUUCUAUUUGAUUAGAAUUGAUUAUAAUUCGCGCUGAUGCGAUAUAACUCUGAAACGUAAAAUAAAAACACGAAGUUUUACGUGAUCGUGUUUCUCUCUUUUACAAUUCUUAAUAAAUAAAUAAAGUCUUUAAAAAUGCUGAAAUAUGUAAAUUCAGUAUUUACUUAUGGAAAAUUUAUACAGAACAAACUAUCAUUAUUUAGUGCUAUUAAUUAUCCUAAUGAUUUUAUACAAGUCAGACAUAUCAACAAGCAUUGGAAUCCAAAAUUUAAGAAAUUAAGAAGAGAAAAAGUUAUUAAAAUAAAGCUUCCAAAUUUUAAUAAAGAUAAUGAUGAUCCUAUGAAAAUGUAUAAGGAACAAAUACGAUCGCGUAUGAAAGAGUUUGGUUUUAUCCCCCAAAAAACUUGGCAAGAGAGAUCAACAUUUAUCACCUCUACUCCUACGAUUUUUGAAGCUUAUAUUGCUCCUGAAGGAGAUGGAAAAUAUUCUGCCAUCACAAAAGAGGGGGCAAAACAAAAAUUUACAUUUUUGGAGAAAAAGGGCAAAUCUUUAAUGGCUAUUAGAAAAAUUAAAACAUUUGAUGAUACAUUUAAGACGUCAUAUUUUCUAGAAGAGGCUACAGAAAUUUAUCAAAAAGCACAUGAAGCUUUAGCUGCAAAAAAGAAAGGAAUGUUAAUAAAAUAUGUUACAGAAUCAGCAUAUCCUAAAAUGAUACACAACUUGAUGGAUAAAACUAUACAUUGGAAGUUUUUAGAAUCUUUAGAACCAGCUCGUGUUGUCCAUGCAAGGACUACAGAUGUGAUAACAAAGGAAAAUGUUUUUGCACAACUUACUGUUCGAUUCCACACACAACAGAUAUUAGCUGUUUAUGAUAGAUUUGGUCGUUUAAUACAAGGAAGCGAGAUUCUGAGGAAAGAUGUAUUAGAAUACAUAGUAUUUGAAAAGCAUUUAGCUAAUGAAUAUGGCGCAUGGCGGAUUCAUGGUAAAAUUAUACCAUCUUGGAUGACUCCGACAGACAUAGCAGAAAGCACAUAUGUUUUGAAAAAUUCGGAAGAAAAAUAUGAUCCUGAACCUAGUGAACCUCAUCCUGUGGAAACUACCUUAGUAGAAGAAAAGGAUACGAAAAAUGUGACGAGUGCACAAUCUUCAUGAAUUAUAAUAAAUAGAUCAUAGUAAAUGAUGGAGCCACGAAAUGCUAACAGGAUUUUCUUUGUAUUGGAAAAAAGAGUAUCUACAUCCUUAAAUGGUAGUAUCGUUUCUUUAACCGUCAUGCGAUAUAUGAGAUGAGAACUAAAAGCUAACAAUACCAGCCAUGCGAAUAUACUUU